AUGUUCUCGUCCUUUCUAAGAGGGGACCUUUCGGAUAACGAAGUUGAUUUUCUCGCCUCAGAAGGCCGAGACUAUUUUCUCACUCGCGGAAUGAUUUACAAAAACAAGAGUGGAAAUUUAGAGCACAGACCCUUUACUGUCCUUCCCACUCCAUUUCCUAGAAGACUUUUCGCAGCCGCCAGAGAAGUUCAAAAGGAUUUUAAUUUGCUGGUGCACAAGGCAAGCCAGGAUUUCCAGUUCACGAAAGACGCACUUCUGAGGUACAGUUUCAUCUUUACUUUAAUUUCCCUACUGAUCAUUCCGAAUCGCUGGUUUGUGACAGUGAAUCUCUCAAACUUGUGGAUUUUCUCUUAAUCUUCUGUACUUAUCUUUUAGUACCAUAACUGCGGAUGUAUUCACAGCAAAAAUAUUUUCCAUUUACGAGAAAACUCAAGAGCAAGGCAUAGAUCAGGUGUGUACACAACUUAGCUCUUAGGAAAGUCUAUGGAUACAUGUCUUAUACAUAUUAAUUAUUGAGCGAAAGAUUGUCAUUGAUUCUACUAUAAAUCAACCCUUUCUUUCUUUAAGGAUCCAUGGGAAAAAAAAAAACGAUCGAUUGAUACCCUCUUUUCGUAAAUUAUUUAAUUACUCUUUUAACAUAAAAGGAACAUAAACAAUUUUUUUUCGAAUCGUUAAGUAAAUUACUAUAAACGUUUUCUUUUUCUCAGCCCAUUUCGUUGGGAAUCUUCCGAUCGGACUACAUGCUUGAACAAACAAGCGGGUCGCACAACCAAGAAGACGAAAACUUAAACCUUUGUAUCAAACAAGUUGAACUAAACACUAUUUCCAUAAGUGCCAUAUCUUCAUCAUGUCGUGCCUCCAGCCUCCACAGGUAUAAUGUAUCCUAUUUUUUCAUGGGACGCGCUGAUGCAAUUACUUAAGCCUGUGGCGACUUUGCGCUAUUUGGAAAGACGCUUCACGCAAAGGCAAUGUAUUGUUUACGUCCAUAAAUAUUAGGAAGCUGUACGAAAAUAUGUCUCUUGAUUAGACUUAGAUAAACAAUUAAGGGGAUAAACAGAAAAAAAAGGUUUAACUCACACGACAUUUCGAUGUUUUCGCGUUAUGAGACGAAUUUCAAGUGAUGAAAUAAAUGAAAAGAAUAUUCAAUCUCAUUUCAAAUAUAUUCAGCGUGAAAAACUAGAAUUAACAUUUUAAAUUGUUCAUCGUUGUAGUUACUGAUAACAAUUUGAAAAAUUGACCAACACUGUUUCCUAGCGAUAAAAGCACAUUUUUACCCACGGCACCGAAACAAUAAGUGACCUUACCAGUAACUCAGUAACCGUCCUCAAUGAGAAAUUGAAUUGUUUAAGCCAUCCUACGAUAUGUCAUUCACAUAAAAGAAAAAUCCAGGCCCAAUCACGCAAUCAAAAUUUAUCGUGCAAAAUAUCAGUUGGUCUAUAGGGUGAAAAUCAGGUUGCUAGACGCAUUUUUUUUUUAUAAUUUGUCAACUCCGGUGCUUGUCAGUUCUGCGCUCUAGCUAUCUUACAUUUCCUCGUAAAUUAAUUACAAGAAUUUGGUAUUAGAUCAAAUUAACAAACUCUGCUUGAUAAUUCUGAGUAUUCUCAUCACCUGUUUGCUGGAUAUUAUAAGGAGAGGUUACAUGUUAAUCACUUGUGGUAGUAAAAAGGUUAAGGAAAUAUGACAUUGAAACUGGAAGACAUAAGCAAACCUAAAAUCGUAGAUUUUCUCUCUGUGAAAAUUGAUUUUUUUUUGAAGAAUCCACAUUAUUUUGUUUGUUAACAGCAACACUUACACUGCAAAUAAUUCUUCAAAAAUUUCUUGUUUUCUACCAUUUUUGAUUUAGAUCAUGGAAAUAUUUUAAACUGUGAACUUCUAAAUACUAAGAGCAAUAUAUAUAUAUAUAUAUAUAUGUUUGAAUUAUUUUCGCUUACCCUAAUGAUUCAUUUACGUGAUUCCAGACAUCUGUUGAAUCUUAUUGGAAAAGAGGAGAAGGUACAGUAACUAUCAUUUACUUUUGAUAUUGUGUUUGUGUUCAUGUAACUUACAAAACCGUUUUUUUUCCAAAGCCAUAUGAGAAAAAAAAUCAUAUUUACUGAGCUUGGACUAGAAUCCUUCAAUUGAUGCUAUUGUCGUUUUCUUUAUUCAAGGGUGCUCUAGCCCUUUUUGCUAACCAGUUGUCUUUCUCCUUACAUGCUUCUUUGUAGUCACCGCCUCCAAACUUUGCACUCGAUGAAGUAGCUGAGGGACUCAUGAAGGCUUGGGAACUAUACGGGUCAUCGAGGUAUAACCGAUACACUUAACUAAUAUUUAGACCAAUGAUUUUCUAGUUUUCAUUCGGUCAGUAGCUUCGAUCAUAUUUCAAAUACGUGCAUGAGUCAUAUUAUCUGGCAAAGAAUGAAGAAAUGAUCCCGCGCGGGGUGCUACUACAUCUUGGCGAAUUGCGGUCGUUCCGCCCAAAAGACAAUCCGCCCGACGAACAAACAGUGCAUCAAAUUGCAAAGAUUAAGCUGUUAUUCCAUUUUUUAUUUCUUUUAGUAAUGUUAGAAGAUAUUUGUUGACCGUGUCAUCAAAACAACAGCUCAUUCAACCGCUGGGAUAUUUAACUUCUUCGGAACUUCUGCGAUCAAAAGCGAAAUCAUUUUUUAUGUAAUAGACGCAUCGAGGCCAAAUAUUUGAGGCAAGAAGUCAGUUGUGAUGUCAGUAUACUACUCAGAAAAAAUAUUAAACCAUUCGUGUUGUAUUUCGUUACAAAAACUAAUAAAACGCUAGUUUUAUUUUAUAAUACCAUUUUAAAGAACUAUACAAAACUCAUAGAUAAGACGACAUAUACAUCGGCGCAAUGACUUCGAAGUUCGGGCGGAAAGGUCUCGGGCGGUUUGACUCUCGGGCGGAACGACCGGAUAUCCAUCUAAGCAAGGUACACGAUUAAUAAUCGGGCAAGGCAUUGUGUUAGUAUAUCGAUCAAUGAAAAGUGUUCUAAUCCAAUCGUCUUGUUUUUUGUUGCUGACCAACGUUUGUUGUUUUCCAUUUCUAGCAACGUUUACUUUAUAUCUUUUCAGUGCUGUUAUCAUGUUUAUCGUUCGUCCUGAUGAAGUGAAUGUGUAUGUCCAAAGGAUUCUGGAAUACAGCAUCAGAGACAAGUAAUGAAUUUGCAGAUAGAACGCUUUUCUACUUAGUGUCGUAAAACCAGAGUGAGAGUGAACACCACAGCUCAUCAGAGCAAACAACAUCAUUAAAAACAACCAUAAAUUCAGUGCGAAUUGAACGAAGCGAGCGAGAAAAAUGCAAAUAACCAGUUGAGUCAUGAUCGAUUUUAAUUCAUUGUCAAGCCGAUAGUCGAGAUCCAGGGCAAGUUUUCUAGACCCUAAAAUGUAAAACCACAGGCAGUAAAACAAAAGCAAUCAAAUCCGUGAUUACUUUUGCCCUCGAGCAGUGCGUUAUCGAAUGAUUCAAUUGAUAAAGAUGUUGCGUAUAUCUUCAACAGGUUAGCGGGCUGAUGUGUGGAUCUGAAAGUCCAGGUUUCAACGGGAAAAACCUGAUUUCACUAUUCAGGGGCGUGAGAGGAAUUUUCUAGUUGGAUAGGAAGGGGGGGCAUUAUGAACUAUUUUAGGUAAUGAAUAAAAAUACAACUUCAUCUUUAUUCUUGCAGAAACCGCGCUGUAAAAGUGAUCAGACGAACUUUGACAGAAAUUUGUACUCAAAGCGAAAUACGGGGCGACAAAUCUCUCUUUGUGUAAGAAAGUUGGCAUUACAUUUAUUAUCUCCCAGUUUUCGUUUUCUGUUUAAUAACUCUUUGAUCGUACCUCUUAAUUCACCAACUAAACGACUGAGAAGCUGAUUCACUGGUUAACUCCUCAUGUAUUGAAUGAAUUUCUUUCUGACUUACUGACUGGGCGAUAAAAUACUUAUGUACUCGCAAUGAUAUACCUAAUACUAAUUGUUGUGGUAAAGUUCUCUGUUUCCUAGUUUUUGGGUGAUAAAAUGGAAAAUUAUUUUUUGGGUUGAUUUCUUUUAGUUUAUUCUUUCAAGUUAUUGAGAUAGAAAUUCCUAGAUCGUGCGCACAAAUCUGCUUUUAUAAAUGACUACAUAUGUAGACGCCUGAACUCUUAUUAGGUUCCUAUUUACCUUUAACAGGGAUGGACUUGAGGUUGCUGUAGCUUACUUUAGAGCAGGUUACACACCCGUUGACUACCCCAGUGAAGACGUAAGUGCCCUUGCUAACUCCUUUUUCAAACCUUGGAUGAGAAUUUUUCGAAAAAUGUUUUCCCGAAGAAUAAAUUAUGUGGAAACUAGCUCAGUGAAAACGUACUACCGCGAGAAAACUAUACACCUGUAUGAGAUAAAACGAAGAGAUUUUAUAAAGGAUGAGUGAUAAAUUUAUUUGCCACGAAUUCUAGAAAAGGAAACGCUUAUCUAAGUUUCUGAUAGGCUCAUGUAUGUGUUCUUAGAUGAAAUACAUGCUAAUUUUCUGACUCAGGAAUGGUCAGCUCGUCUGACAAUCGAGCUGUCCCGUUGUAUUAAAUGCCCGACAGUGGCUCAUCAGUUGAUGGGAACCAAGAAGAUGCAACAAGUAUUUGCUGAACCUGGAGUUUUAGAAAGGUAACAAGUUCCGAAGAAAUUAGGGCUCGAGAUGAACAAGGCAAAUCUUUAGGUUUUUUCUUGUAAAACUGGGUGGGUUGGUUGGAAUGGGGUGUUCAACCGUGAUACCGUUAUCCGGGUCAGCCCUCCCCGCCCUUUCAUGGAGACACAUUGUAGUUAUAUAAGAAACCGAGCCAGCCCCGAUUGACUGAGCUCAUAUAAAUACAUUCCUAACCCUUUAUAGACCUUUACACACUCAGAUCAGAGUAGAUAUUCUCCUUGCUGUGCUCUACACAUUUCCUACGGUUCUGAAAAGGACUAGUUGGUUUACAAUCCAGGGCCUCUUUUGUUGGCGAUCAUUUCCUUUAUUCUCAUUACCUUAACAUUCGAUUCAAUGAACAAAUUGUCAGGAGAAAUUAGAUGCUGGUCACCUUUAAGGAUUGCAGGGUUUAUAAUCUCCAGCGGUGUAGUAUUUUUAUGCAACUGAGUUCAAUUAAUAACUUCAUUUUUCAUAUUUUGAGUAGGUUUUUACCGAAUAGAGAGGCAGUGGACAGAGUGAGAGCAACCUUUACUGGAUUAUACACUCUCGAUCCGGUAAAUGAAUAACUGUACAUAGUGUUAAGAACUUUACCCAGUGUGUGAAGGCAGAAUUUUAAUAACCAGACAUUGCUAAGGAAUGACAUACUUGUGUCUCUCCCCUGAGAAGCUAAUCUGUGGUGAUCUGAGACAGUGUAUAGAGUACAUCUGUUGCUGCAUGCGUCUACCCACGUCAUGACUGUUCGUAUCUGUAGGUUUGCAUUUAAGAUGCAGUUACAAGUCUCUUCAGUAUGUAAUGUGUUAAACGUCAUUAAAGGACAUAUCUACUAAAAUAAUUGGCAUGGGUAUACUGUCUAUGGAGAAUUUUCAGAUUGAAUGUAAAUUGUCAAAAUCAUGAAAUAUGCCAGUUUUUCGAACCUAUUUCAGACCGAGUCAAAAAUUUUAUUCUAUAUUUCUCAAUUUCAGGGACCAUCAGGAGAUCGCAAUGUCGAGUGUUGUCUCCAAGCAGUGGAAAGGUUUGUCAUGAAACCUCAGAGGGAAGGAGGAGGUAUGAUAUGGUUUACCUUUAAUAGCCAAAUGGAAAGAGAUGAGAGAAAUAACAACAACUUUGAGCUUCGCUGUUCUCUUUGAGAAGUGCAAAACUAGCUCUAGCAAUCAAAAAGUAAAAAAACACUACUAAUUUAUUACGCUAAUUUGUGUGAAUACCUGCUCAUCCCAUGACUACAGGUAAUCUCAUCUAUGGGGAAGAUAUCCGGCACACACUCCAAAGCAAUCCUGAAAAGCGUUCUCAGUAUAUUUUGAUGGACCGAAUUCGACCUGCUUGCAUCAACAGGAACUUUAUCGUUCGUCAGGAGUCUAUAAAACCUGCAGAAAUUAUCUCUGAACUGGGGAUUUUUGGCAUUUUUCUCAGGUAACUGGCGGUUUUUAAUAUAAUUUGAUUUUUCUGUGUUGCUGGAACCAUUUCCAGUAUUGGAGGACAUGUAAGAAAACCCUUCGGAUAUCUUUAAAGUUGUUACCUGAUUUUUCGACCUGACCCGAUCGUUUUCACGAUGAAUAGGAAUCUGACCUGAUCAACACUUCCUAUUUAUACGCAUUUAGCCUCAUUCGGUUAACAAGGAUAAACUAAGAUUGUUCACUGUUAAGAAUUUUUUCCUUCACAAAUUGCUGCACCGUUGUUUUCAUAUUUAACUCUUCCUGACUUUCCAUAAAACAAGUCAGUUUUUUAUGAUUAUGCCCAGUAGAAUCUGUUGGAUUCUAUGGAAGCGCUUCCCGAUUGCUUUUCAUAAUCGAUCACAGGGGCAAAUCAGAUCUGAGGUUAACCCUUUAAACCCUAGGAGUGACCAGCCUCUAAUUUUUCCUUGCAAUAGCACCCCUUAAUCAAACCUUAAGGCCACGAGAAUCAAGGAAAUGAUCAUCAACUUAGAAAGCUCUUGGUUUUUAGACAAAUUCUCCUUGUCAGUCCUUCAGGAAAUGUAUAGAGAGCAGUAUGGAAAAUAUGCAUAUUGAUGUUAGCAUGUAAAGGGUUAACAAAGCAAGGAGCCAAUGGAAACUUAAAGUAAACGCAUGAAUACUUUAACCCUUUACCUUCCAUGAGUGACCAACAGAGAAUUUCUCCUUACAAUAUCAAUACAAUAUCAAGCAUAGAAGUUAUGAGGAUAAAGUAAAAUAACAACUGAGGGAUUAUUAGUUGAUCCAAUAGCAAACUCUCCAAAUUAACAUCAUAGUAAUUGUAUGUCCGACAGUGAAGAGAAUCACUUAUUAGAUCUUGGGAGUUUAAGGAUUAAGUGCGCGAAAACGUGAAUAACUCCGAGCUAUGGUUAGCAAUAGUUUUGAAUCUGAUUGGUCAAGAAAGUGACACCAACCACUGGACCAAUCAUACAGUGUGGUGAUGCAAAGUCAAGGCGAUUGCUGUCGACGUUCGAUUGAGAAUUCUCUUAUUGCAUCUUGCCAAUUAAAGACUAACAAGCCUUUUUCUGCUGUUUUAGUCAGGGAGAUGAGAUACUAGUCAACAAAGAUGGAGGCUACCUUGUCCGCAGUAGGCCAUGGGAUAAGUUA